UUUUCUUAAAUUAAUUUUUUUCCACAGAUUUUUCUACGAGAACCCAGACAUACUUUCCAGUGAACAAAUAAAACAAAUAAAACGUGCAACUCUAGCUAGAAUACUUUGUGAUUCUGGCGAUUCUAUGAAAAAAGUUUUUCAACAAACAACAACUACAACAACCACAACAACUACCGAAGCCUCUACAGAAACAACAACAAUAGACCGAGAAAAACAAAUGUUAAAAUCGGCUGAACGUUCAUCUUUACUAAAUAGAAAGCCAACCAGAAAAAGAGUUGCAGGAGAAUGCAACGAUUUACAUGGAUCAUCAGUCUGUGUCGAUCGUCAUCGUCUCUGUGAUUUUUGGGCAUCUAUGAAGGAAUGUGAAACAAAUGCUGUUUGGAUGCUUGUAAAUUGUCCUCGUUCUUGUAAGAUGCUCAGUUCAACAGCAGAAAUUCCAACGAAAUGGAAUGCUCUCCUUAUGCAAUGGGGACAAUUUAUUGCUCAUGAUGUAUCAAAAACAACAAUGUUAAAUAAUCAAGUCUGCGGAACUGGAGAAGACAAUAAUGUUCGUCAGCAAUACAAUGAAAACACAGCUUUUAUUGAUGGAUCUAUGGUACCCAGACAUGCAUUUAAUCAAGCAAAGGCUGAAGACCUAAUUAAUUGUGACCAGAUUGAUUCACCAAAUUAUUUUAAAUGGAAGGAGGACCAACUUGGGAUUUAA